CCAAACUCGCUGCGCUCAGUCAGCCCUCUGCAACUUUUGCAGACUCCUCACUCCACCGACAUGUCGCACAAUAGCUGAAUGUCAAGCUGUCAUCGUGGCUCGUUGCAGAGAGCAACGCCCGGGACCAGAUGGGGAAUUCGGAUCAUUUUCCCGCAUGAACCGGGCCAGUAACGCACGAGACCGUCUCUCGUUCAAGAUGGCAGAUUUUGCUUGAGUUUUGAGCGGACGUGUCUAUUUAUUGUUUGCCAUGAAUAACAGAAACCCUUGCACCGAUGGCCCCUGUAUACGAAGGUAUGGCCUCGCAAGUGCAAGUGUUCUCCCCUCACACUCUUCAGUCAAGUGCCUUCUUUAGCGUGAAGAAACUGAAGGUGGAGCAGAGUUGCAACUGGGAUAUGACAGGGUACGGCACGCACAGCAAAGUCUACAGCCACAACAGCAAGAACGUGUCGGCCGUGAGCGGCCCCCUCGGAAUUAACAGCUCUCUGCAGGUAGCCGGCUCCACCUUGCCGUACGAGCAGGCGCUCAUCUUCCCAGCAAGUGCGGGCCACAUUGUGGUCGCCUCAGCCAGUAGCACUUCGGGGGGUUUAGGGUCUUUGCUGGGCAGCGGAGGUGGAGGCAGUAACGGCAGCGGAGGGGGUGGCGGUGGCAGCGGUGUCGGGGUUCACAAUCUGACUCGCCGCAGCACAGUCAGUCUCCUGGACACCUACCAACGAUGUGGGCUUAAACGCAAGAGUGAAGAGCUUGACAACAACAGCAGUGUGCAGAUAAUAGAGGAGCACGGUCCACUGAUGAUCCAAAACGGCGCAGCCAGUGGCGCCACGGUGGCUACAGUGGCCACCGCUGGGUCUACGGCAACAUCGAAGAACAGCGGCUCCAACAAUGAGGGGGACUACCAACUGGUGCAGCAUGAGGUGCUCUGCUCCAUGACAAACACGUAUGAAGUGCUGGAAUUCUUGGGACGAGGAACAUUCGGGCAGGUUGUUAAGUGCUGGAAGAGGGGCACCAAUGAGAUUGUGGCAAUCAAGAUUCUAAAAAACCACCCGUCGUACGCACGGCAGGGUCAGAUCGAGGUCAGCAUCCUGGCGCGUCUCAGCACGGAGAGUGCAGAUGAUUUCAACUUUGUGAGGGCCUACGAGUGCUUCCAGCAUAAGAACCACACGUGCCUGGUGUUUGAGAUGCUGGAGCAGAACCUGUACGACUUCCUGAAGCAGAACAAGUUCAGCCCGCUGCCGCUUAAAUACAUCAGACCCGUGUUGCAGCAGGUGGCUACAGCGCUGAUGAAGCUGAAGAGUCUGGGUCUGAUCCACGCUGAUCUGAAGCCGGAAAACAUCAUGCUUGUAGAUCCAUCUCGGCAGCCCUAUAGAGUCAAAGUCAUUGACUUUGGCUCAGCUAGCCAUGUGUCCAAAGCUGUCUGCUCCACUUAUCUACAGUCCAGAUACUACAGAGCUCCGGAAAUCAUCCUGGGCCUGCCGUUCUGUGAGGCGAUAGACAUGUGGUCCCUUGGCUGUGUGAUAGCUGAGCUCUUCUUGGGAUGGCCACUCUAUCCUGGAGCCUCGGAGUACGAUCAGAUCCGGUACAUCUCACAGACUCAGGGUCUGCCUGCUGAAUAUCUGUUGAGUGCAGGGACAAAGACCACCAGGUUCUUCAACAGAGACACAGACUCCACCUAUCCUCUGUGGAGACUUAAGACUCCUGAGGACCAUGAGGGAGAAACAGGGAUCAAGUCCAAGGAGGCGCGCAAGUACAUCUUCAACUGCUUGGAUGAUAUGGCCCAGGUGAACAUGACGUCAGAUCUGGAGGGGAGCGACUUGCUGGCAGAGAAAGCUGACAGGAGGGAGUUCAUCGACUUGUUAACCAAGAUGCUGACCAUUGACGCAGACAAGAGAAUCACACCUAUUGAAACACUCAACCAUCCUUUUGUUACCAUGUCGCAUCUCCUCGAUUUCCCGCACAGCACUCAUGUGAAAUCAUGCUUCCAGAAUAUGGAGAUCUGUAAGCGCCGCGUCAACAUGUACGACACGGUCAACCAGAGCAAGACGCCCUUCAUCGCCCACGUGGCCCCCAGCACCUCCACCAACCUCACCAUGACCUUCAACAACCAGCUCAACACUGUGCACAGCCAGGCCACCAACCUGGCUCCCUCCUCCACCAACAAUUCCACCCUUUCCUUUGCAAGUCCCGAUGUCUCCAUAUUAAACUACCAAUCUGCACUCUACCAGCCCUCCGCUGCCUCCAUGGCAGCUGUGGCCCAGAGGAGCGUGCCCCUGCAGACGGGGGCUCCUCAGCUCUGCGCUGCCCGGCCCGAUCCCUUCCAGCAGGCGCUCAUCGUCUGUCCUCCUGGCUUCCAAGGACUGCAGGCAUCGCCUUCCAAGCACAACGGUUUCUCCAUGCGGAUGGAGAAUGCUGUUCCCAUAGUGACACAGGCCCCCGGCGCCCAGCCUCUGCAGAUCCAACCAGGCCUCCUUACUCAGCAGGCUUGGCCCAGCGGCACCCAGCAGAUCCUGCUGCCUCCAGCCUGGCAGCAGCUCACUCACAGCUCCGUUCAGCAUGCCGCCGUCAUCCCCGACUCCAUGAGCAGUGCACAGCCUCUCAGCAACUGGAGGAAUUCCCACCCUCAUGGCAGCCAUUACAAUCCCAUCAUGCAGCAGCCAGCCUUGUUGGCUGGCCACGUCACUCUCCCAUCCAACCAGACGCUCAAUGUUGGAGUGGCACAUGUUAUGAGGCAACCGUCGUCCAAUAAUAACUCCUCUUCCAAAAAGAACAAACAGCACCAGAAUUCUGCCAGGAACACUUCAGCCUAUGAAGUGUCGUCCACUCAGGCAGUGCUUUCGCCGCAGCGCUCCAAGAGGGUGAAAGAGAACACGCCCCCGCGAUGCGCCGUGCUCCACAGCAGCUCAGCCUCCAUUUGCCCUCCCCCGCAGGGCUGCGGGGGAGGCGGUUGGGGGACUAUUGCGGCCGAGCAAGCUUCCAGCACCACCCGCAGCCAUCCACACCAGCAGCACGUCCCCAGACAGACCAUCAUCAUCCCUGACACGCCCAGCCCUGCGGUCAGCAUCAUCACCAUCAGCAGUGACACAGAUGAGGAAGACAACCACAAACAUAACAACGGCUCAUCUUUGAAGCAAAGGAAGAAUGUGAUCAGCUGUGUGACUGUCCACGAUUCACCUGACAUCGACUGUUCCAGCAACAACAGCCCUUACACUGUGGAAUCUAGACGCGCCAAUAACAACAGCGGCUUUGACACAAAGACUACCAUCCUAGACAACUACAACAAUGGCAACCCACGCACAAUCAUCAUCCCCCCUCUCAAAACCCAGACCAGUGAGGUGGUGAAUGAGUGUGAACGCUUGAUGCCGGAUACAAUGAACCAUCAGAAUUCCGCUUACAAGUUCAAAUCCUCCAAUGCAGUGGUUUCGGGCAACACUCACAUCCCAGGUGGUGUGACUGCAUCGUACAGACAGCAGCGCUCAGGGCCGCACUCCCUCCAGCAGCAGCCUCUUAAUCUCAGCCAGGCCCAGCAGCACAUGGUAGCAGACCGAAAUGGAGGUCAUCGCCGCCAGCAAGCUUACAUUACCCCCACCAUCGCCACUCAGGCCCCAUACUCCUUCCAUCACAACAGCCCCUCUCACACGGGCAACGUGCAUCCCCACUUGGCUGCCACGCAUCUCUCCAGCCAGCCCCACCUCUACACCUACACAGCCCCCGCCACCUUGGGCUCCGGCGGCACAGUGGCUCACCUGGUGGCGUCACAGGGCUCGGCACACCACACAGUCCAGCACGGGAGCUAUCCGCCAAGCAUUGUCCACCAGGUUCCAGUCAGCAUGGGACACCACGUACUGCCCUCACCGACACUGCACCACAGCCAGUACCAGGCCCAGUUUGCCCACCAGGCCUACAUCAGCGCCUCGCCUGCUUCCACUGUCUACACUGGAUACCCACUGAGCCCCACCAAGGUCAACCAGUACCCUUACCUCUAGAGAAGACACUGGAGAGGCUGACCUGGCACUGCUGCUUCCACACACCAACCACCCUUAGCCCCAUCAACGCCCUCACUUGUGAACAGAGACAGAGGACUUUGCAAUCCUCAUCCAACUGCCCCAUAUGACUUGAAGGUAUGAUGGAGAAAAAAAACAUCCGCCGUCGUUCUCUAAGGGAAACACAGGAGUUGGAUUAGAGCAUCGCAUUUCAAGGUGAUUUCUUUGGAUUGUUUUUGUCUGAAAAGGGCCAUCUUAGCUUUUGUUUGAUUUGUUUUUGUUUUACCUUGAUGAAAAGUCAUGUCUCAUUAGUGUUACACAACUUAACUGUGGGAAGGGACUGCUGAACAGGGGUUACAGACUGGAAGUUCGGAAUCCCAAGAUCAUUUGGGAGAAGGUGAAAUACGGAAACCUGCUGCUCUUCAAAGAUACAAAAAAAAAUAUUGAUGGCCUUGAACUGUCUUCAUAUUUCCACACUUUUGGUGUUGAGAGAAAAGAGAGGUGACUCCCUCCACUCCACCUCCACAAGCGGGAGGCUUCUGGAAAUAUAACCAACAGAAGACAACAAACUUUUCUAAUGUAUUUAUAGGUAUAUUUCUUUUGUGUUUCUCAAAACUUCAGUUUUAGCUGUAGGCGUCUUAGCUGGGCCCCAUUCAUAGAAUGUAGCAGUCUGCACCCAUUAGUUUCUAGAACUUUCAAGAAACUUUCUUUCCAGAUACCAAUAGAUUAAUUUGUUCCUUAUUUUGAACGUGAUUGCACAAAGUGGUUAUAAUAACAUAGGCAUGUACAAUUUGAUUGUCUGUGUGUGUGUGUGUGUGUGUGUGUGUGUGUGUGUGUGCGUGCGUGCGUGCUACUGUCAGCCAUGUGUGUAGUCCAACUCCUUUAGGUUUUGUUCCCUCGUAGUGCCUUACAGUUGUAACAAGACAGUUUACUCCACUUGGAAAGCCACGCAAGACAAAAAAGUUGUGUUGUCCUGCUUUGAUAGGCUUGUGAUGGGACACCGUAGCGCUCUUCCAGGUUUAGGGUUUGCUCCCAUUGCUUCUGCGUGGUCCUUAAAGGCAGCGUAGAUGACGAUUCAUGUCAUCAGGUCGAUGAAGCUGAGUCUCUUCUAUCAUGUGUGCAUGAGAUAACUUGUCAGGGGUACUGACCAAAGUCAUGAAUAUUCAUGAUAAUUCUUAUUCCGGACUCGCUCUGGAUUGAAAUACAAAUAACGUACGUGGUGUAGAUGUAUCAGCGUGAAUUUAGGCGGUUGUUGUGCACUGUAAUUAAAAAAAGAAGAAGAAAAAAACAACAAAAAAACAUUUAUACAUUUAUUUUAUUUGCUAACCCUAACUGCUUGAAUCUAACCCUGGCCAAAUAUUGCAUAAAAGUGAUUUUAUUUCUUGUGGAAUGAGUAUCUUUUAGCUGGAAAUGACACAAAAAAAGACUUUCAUUACAAAUAUUUGCCAUUCACAUGUAAUAACGCGAACAGUUCUGAGGAAAGAUGUUUUGUACCAUUCCAUAGGAUCUUGGUUUGUUCUUACAUUAUCUGGAACAUUCUAAUCAAUGAUCAAUUUUGAACAUUGGAUAUGCUUUGUGUUGUUGUUAUUUUUAUUAUUGUUGUCAGCCAGGAUACAUUUGUACUUAAUAAUUAACAAUUAGGAAUCAUUAUCAGGGAUAUCAGUGAUUAUUUUUUUUUUUUAAUGUUGUUUUUGUGUUUGCUUUUUUCAUUAACAUUGUUUUGUCAUUAUUUGUGUUAUUUCCAGCCAAAAGACUCAGUGUGCCAUCGUGGCAAAAUAUAGUCUGUCGUGUUUCUGUGCGGCAAGAUGUCAUUUUUCUGAAGUGCAUCACUGCAAGGGAUGAAUACUCUGCUUCAUUUUUUUGUAUUUUCUACAAAAUCUUUGUGAGAACACAGUGUCUGUGACACCUAAAAUGUGCUUAAUUAUUUUAAUUCAAACAAGACUAUUGAUAAUGUUUCUUGUGUUUGCUGAAUAGGUCGCAGUUAAGACACCAGAGGUCGCUCUGGGUUUUAAAGCUAGUCGGAGAGGGGCCUGACAGAAAGUGAUUGUGCCAUGGUUUUGGGGCGAGAUUGUGCAGGGUGAGAGAUACAGUCAUCUCAGCUGCAGCCAAGAUAUGAAGUGUGGAAAGGUACGACAGAGACACAAGUGAAAGGUCGGGGGUCGCUGGUUGAAAAGCACUGGUUCUGUUUAGAUAGAGAGUGAAGGCAACUCUAUCUUUGGGACUCUACAAUGAUAACAAGUUGGCACUGAGCAGGUUGAUAGUAACACUGAGGCCGAGUGGUUUUGGUAGGAGCACAUUUGAAGCCACAUGAAUCCUUUUACUGCUGUCAUUGUUACAUUUUCCAGCAAGAUUAUAGGACAGUAUUGCCACAAGGGUGGCAUAGCCCUAGAAGGGCAAAGUUGAAACAAGCUCAGUUCAAAGCAGGAAUGGGAUAAACGCGUAGAGAAUCAAUAGGGCUGUCGCUUGUGUUUGCUGCUUUAUUUAACUUUUAUUUCUCAUAGCUAACAAUACAUAGAGUACACAGUGACCACAUGAGAACUAUUGCUGGUUUAGUGGAAGCCUUCCCUUCUCCUUCAUGCCAUAGUACAUUUGAAGUGAUUGUUUUGUUGUUGUUUUUUUAACAUGGCUGUACACGUUUGUUUUGAUUAGAGAUUGUUGCAAUAAUUCUUGUGGAUGUUCUAUCAGAAUGUGUGUGUUUCCGUUUUAUGUCACGCUAACUUCUGCUAUAUUUAGAAUUCAGUGGAUGUGUGAUUAAAGUGUGUCGAUGAUCUAAUAGGACCCGAUAUGGGAUAUUUGUAUUUUGAGGGCCACUCUUGGUGUCACAUGUAAACCAUUGUUUUAAGAAACCUUUCUUUCAUCUUGUACUUGUUUCCACAAAAUUCUCCUCAGACUCCGUUGGUCCCAGUAUGCAAGCAACGUUGCUGGUUACAUCUUAACCAUUUGUUAAUGUAUUACGGCAUUCUCUGUUGAUAUUUGUCAUAACAUCAACUUAAGGCCAUUUGGGCCGAAGCACACACGCAGAAGGGAGAUUCAUUGAAAUUGUUAUGAGACAGACUACUGAAACAUUCCACAGCUUGUGGGAAUGAAGCAUUUGUAUGCUAGACUGCUGUACCCCCCCGCAACCCCACCCAACUUCAUUUCACUGUUAAAGACGUUUUGCUUCUCGCACCAAAGACAUCACAUUGGCCAUGUGUAAGCACAGCCGCUGCAAGACACUGAUUUCCUGUUGAAAUGCUUUACAAGUGCUUUUAUGGACAUUUCAACUCCCCCACCCCCAAACAAAUGCACAUGUGCAUAAAAUGCGAUAAACAUUAUAAGUUAAUGUUGCCACUGUGGCAACAUCAUCAGUUGUAAGUUUUGUUCUUUGUUUUAAUUUAUUUAGCAUUUUGGCCCCCCCCAAAUAUCUAAAUUGAGUUACGAAUCUAACCUUUCUCCAAAAGUGCUUAUUUACUUUUUGUUGCAGAAUUUUGUACAAAUUUAAAAAGUAUGUCUGCCAUGGAGUACAAUGGAGUAACUCAAUUAAUUAAAAAAUAAAUAAAUAACCAACAAUACCUUUAAAGGCAUGAGCACGUGCACAACAUGAAUGUGAUAUAUGUCACAUUUGACAUCCGAAAUAGCUUUGGAUAUUUAUGUCCAUUUUGCAAUAAUGAUACACAAUUUGUGAGAUGUGUAAAAUGUCCCUAUCCUUGUGAUUAGAGGUUCUAUAUUUUCUCAAAUUCUAUAGCCAGCUAAGACAUUGUGGGAAAUAGCUUAGUGUAUGAUGCUGUUGUCUGUCAUUUUGUUUCACAUAACCAAUGUUUUGUGUUUUACUUAAAAAAAAAAAAAUAUUUUAAAAAAGUUGGGUGUCAGAAAAGUGAGCAUCGACGUAGAUUGAGUGACCUUAUGAUUACCAAAAUGUACUUAAGUGGGGUGCAAAUGUUUUGUGUUGUUAAAGUGAGCAUAGUCCUGUUUUUGUUUUUUUUUUUUUUUCGUACUGCCUUCAAAAUAACCAACAAUACCUCCAAAGCUUUUAAGUGUCAUUUAAAUUAGAGAAACUUGUAUAGAAGGCAGUAUUUCACUCUUUUAACAUUGACUUACUCCCAUUAAGUGUGUCAAAAAGUGCUUAUGUAAAGGUUUGGGGAAUCACUGAGAAACAUUCCAGUGGGUAUGGCAUAUCUAACACAAUUUACAUGAUCAUUUAAAUUGGGAAAAGUGGGAAAUCCUGCAAUUUUAAAUGUUUCUUUUUUUUAAGAACUAGAAUGUUGUUUUAUUUUUUUUAUUUCUAUUAAUGAGGUCUGCUUUUUGGCCCAUUUGGUUUAUCAUUAAUGAUGUGUGUCAUGUGAUCACAGUAAUUACCAAAACAAAUACAAAUCAGUUUCCAUGCAAGUAUUGUAUUCCCAUUUAAAUACUGUCCAUGCAAACCUUUGUCAGAAUAGACCUCUUAUUUGUUUUCGAGUAUGUUGUGUGGAUUGGUAGUAAUCUGCAAAAAAAAAAAAAAAAAAAGAUGAUAGCUGUCAUGUUUAAAAAUAAAAGCACCAAAGCUAAAUUUUCUGUGAAAUUUUCCCAAUUAUGCCCCAAAAAUAUCCAACUGGAGGUAAAUUUAUUGUUAUUUGAGAAAAAUGAUACAAAUUCCAAGAGCUGUUUCAUACAAUUCCUAAUAAGCGAGUCAAACAACAAUACUGCAAUCAUAUUUGUUGAUUUUCUGAAAGCAUUAGACUCCUUUUUGUCCAAUAUUCUAAAUAAUUAUGUUUCCAAGCUCAUGUGUGCUGCAGCGUCUCUUGUUGUCUUUUUUUUAAUGGAAUUUUCUUUUUUUUUUUUAUUUCUCAAUUCGGAUACGACGUCAUUAUUUUUCCUUAUCAUUAUUAUUAUCUGUUGAUGUAGUGUUCUGUGUACGCCCUGUUCUCUUGCCUGUUCUAAUUGUGUUAUUAGGAUGGAUACUUUACUGGCUUUAUAGACUGUUUAAAUGAAUGCAAUGACAGUUCGAAGGCUUACCGGUAAUUAAAACACCCUAACCAUUUGCUACUAAGCGCUUGUGUUACUAUUAUGACAUCGUGUGCUUCUCUUAAUCAUUUUCGUUGUAGAAAAAUGGAGUGAAUUUCUAUUUGGCUAUGGGAAACUAAUUAUAUCGUCAUGAAUUGACUGGAUCAUGCUCGACAAUAAGCAGCUUGGUCAGAUAGAAGUCUUUAACUCUUUGAAUUGUUCUCUUUACUAACAGUAGGGUAAAAGGGGGGCACGCAAUCUGGUAAACUAUGUUAUAGCUUGUUAUUCACUGUUACUUUUGAUCAUUUUUUCGGUCUCCGAGGUGAAUCGAGUUAUUAAUGACAAUUUGUAUGCUCACAUAUGCAUAUUGUAUAUGUGUAGAAAUGUAAUCACACUUUGUCUUGGAUUUACAAUAAACUGUUAAGUCACA